AUGUCUCAUCCAUCGGGCAUAGCAGAGCUCCCAAGCGGCUAUCACCUGGAGCGGGGUGUCCCUUCCAUCACGGAGUAUCGCAACCUCCGCAAGUCAGCCGGCCUCACUCCCGUCACCGAGGCACAAGCUGCCUGCGUGGCAUCUGGCAGCUGGUAUGGCUGCCACAUCACUUGUCAAGACGAGAACAACGGCCAACUUCGAGCUGUAGCCAUGGGUCGAAUCAUCGGCGACGGGGGAUGGUACUUUCAUAUUGCAGAUAUGGCUACUCUGCCCGUUCACCAGAGAAAGGGGCUUGGGAGCUUUAUUUUGAAGCAUUUGCUGGCAUAUAUCAAGGAGAACGGUCCCGAAGAUGGGACCCCCUACAUCAGUCUGUUCGCAGAUCCGCCUGGGCGGAGAUUGUACGAGAGCAAUGGGUUUGUUGCAGGUGAACACUUCAAUGAACUUGGGAUGGUCAAGGCUGAACCGAAGAAACUUUGA